AGUUGUAAACGCAAAGCGCGUGCUGGAAAAAGCCGAGGCGUAGGGCUGAGAGCAGCGCGAGCGUCGGAGAUCAGCAGGGCAUCACUCGUCACAACAUCCAGCCUCUCAUUCGCCCUCUCUCCAUUUUGUCGCAAUUUUUUCGUUUUUAUCAUUGAAGUCUAAAUCGUAGGGAGUGAUAGGACCCGAGUUCCGCAGCGAGGCGUUUGUUAGCCCGUGUUGGGGGCAGUUUCGGUUGCCCCUCAGUGGGGGGAGUGCGUUAUCAUAUUUCGGUUAUUUGGGAGGCAAAACCGCAGCCUCUCACCGCGUGUUCGUAAAAAAAUCGAUUUUAGGUGUGUUGCUGCGUGAUUUCAGAUCUGCUUAGACCGGAUUACCUGGGAUUUUAAAAAAAGCAGUGCCGCGGCUCUUUGUGUGGUUUCAGCUUUGUGUCCCUGUUGCAAGCUACCCGAAGUUCCGCACUCCGAGCUCCACAACAUGUGCUCCCGGGUGUGGUUUAUCACAGACCGGCGGAUCAGCCAGGAGUACCCGCAGGUCCAGAUCCUGCGAGCUCUUAAGGAGCGCUGCGCCGAGGACGAUGUUGAAUUCCGCUAUCUUCUAAUGGAUGAGAUCGUCCUGACCAUCACGGAUGGACAGCUCGGUCUGCGGGUUGGGCAGGAAACCGUUACCUCAUACCCGCAAGUUGCCGUGGUGCGCGUUCCGACCCCAUGGGUCCAGUCGGACAGUGACAUCACCGUUCUGCGUCACCUGGAGAAGAUGGGCUGUCGUCUGGUCAACCGGCCUCAGGCCAUCCUCAACUGUGUCAACAAGUUCUGGACCUUCCAAGAGCUCGCCGGGCAUGGAGUGCCUCUGCCAGACACGUACUCGUAUGGAGGACACGAUAACUUCCGCAAGAUGAUCGAUGAAGCCGAGCCGCUGGGUUACCCUGUGGUGGUGAAGAACGCUCGUGGACACCGAGGUAAAGCUGUCUUCCUGGCUCGGGAUAAGCACCACCUCUCAGACCUGUGUCAUCUGAUUCGCCAUGACGCCCCGUACCUGUUUCAGGAGUAUGUGAAGGAGAGCCAUGGACGGGAUGUGCGAGUGGUUCUAGUUGGAGGGAGAGUGAUCGGAUCUAUGCUGCGCUGCUCUACCGACGGACGCAUGCAGAGCAACUGCUCACUUGGUGGGGUGGGAAUGAUGUGCCCCCUCAGUGAGCAGGGGAAGCAGCUGGCAGUGCAGGUGUGCAAUAUUUUGGGGAUGGACGUCUGCGGAAUCGACCUGCUGCAGCUAAAUGAUGGUUCCUUCGUGGUGUGCGAGGCCAAUGCCAACGUGGGCUUCAUCGCAUUCGACCAGGCUUGCGGGAUGGACGUGGCGGGCAUCGUGGCCGACUACGCCCUCUCCCUCCUGCCAAGCCGCCUCAGCAGGAAGAUGUCGCUGCUCUCCGUGGUCUCCAGCACCAGCGAAACCAGCAGCGAGCCUGAGGUCUGUAUCCCGACUGAGGUGAUAAUCCCCACAGAGGUGUGUAUUCCCAAUGAGAUCUGCCCGCCCGGCGCUUCCUGUGCCAUCCCUGACGGCGUCUCCGCCAUGAGUACAAGCUCCACCUCCAGCGAGAGUGAGGCGGAUCUAACCGAAACAGGCCCCGCUCCCGUCACAGCAGAUCCCACCUACAAUAUCAACUCCCUUCUCGCGAGUGAGAUAAAACUGUUGACUGAGUGAGCUGGAAUUACAGCCACAAACACACACACACAGAUAUACACAAUCAUCAAAGAGCGACACAUACUGAAGUGGACAUUAUACAUUCAGAUGCACAUGUGUAAUCAUACUAACCCUCCCUGUAAACCCCCAUCUGAGGCUGCUCCCCUGAUGUUUUCGUCUCCAUUGACAGACUAUAGAAUUAUACAAGCGUACAGUGCAGUCGGAAGUGCACUAGAUAGUGUACGCUCCAGCCUGGCUGUAGUGCACCAGCUGAAUAUGCGUUUGCCACUGUAAUUUGAGGGUGCAUGCUCUGUAGAGUGGUUUUACCGGGACGUGAUUCCCAAAUGUAACCUUUCAACUACCAUCAACUGGAUUCUUAUGUACAUACUGUGGGUUAGGGUACACACAUACUGACAUACACUUAAGGACAUACUAAAGUCUGUAUUAUAGAGAGAGAAUGAAUGAAUUUUGUCUGUUACAAACCUUGUGGUAAAGCCUGGCUGAAGGUAUAAUGCAUUGCAUGUGUGGGGCGAGAAAGAGGAAACCGAAUGGACCCAAAUUUCAACUGCCCACCAGGAUACAAAGGCACAUACCUCCCAGCCCUCAAAAAGCCCACACAGACAGACACAUAGAGGGACCGCAAGAACAAAAACUGGAAAGCUGUGAAUAUUCUCAUCCAUCCCAACUCUUUUAAAAAGCAUGAAUGAGUAUGAGUUAUUUUAGUCUGUUGCAGUGGCUGCCUGUAGUAAAUGAAUUACUGCUGAUCAGACAAGCGUAAAGGUUUCAUUUGCUUUGCCGGUGUCUGUAAAAUUGAAUGACUGAUGUGGGACCCGUUUUGAAUUACCUUCUUUAAUGUGUAAGUGAGGAUUUGGCCCAUAGGAACUUAAUUCUCACAGGCAUCUUCUGUCUGGUAAUUCUGUGAACGAGGCGGUCAUUUUAGAGGUCCACCAUCUCAAACUGGUUAAAGCACUCUGUUUACGGAUCAAUAGUAUGGAAGAUAUUGUGAACUUGCUGAGCUUCUUUUUCCAAUGUCUACUAUGCAAAUCUGCUAAUGACCACAUGCCGAUCUGCAUGUCUGCCACCCCAAAAGCAAUUUCCCACAUAUUAGAGUCUGAACAGUGAGUUGCAUAGAAAUAGAGCAAGUAGACUUUUAAAUACUAAUGUUUUUACCACAAGGGCUGAACAAUUUGCCAACACUAAGCGCUGAUGAUGAAUAAGCUAUUUGUCUUCAACGAUUUGUUUGUACUGCAACAAUAAAACUGAAGUGUCAACUCAAACGGGUGCUACAACUGCUCUUAAUUCAGCCCAGUGGUCUAAAAGCCAAUGAUAACCUGAAAGAAAACCAGGAAUUGUAUUGAUUUGCGCUAAAUUAACAUGUACUCGGAGUUAUAUCUGGACACCACACAUUUCUCAUAAGUCUAAUUCUUCUAUUUAAACUUAAGCAACUCUAUUCACGUCCCUUUUUCUAUCUGGAUGUGUCUCAAAAUCCACUAAUUCUUCAUUUCAGCAAUUCACAUUGAGUCUUAAAGAUUCCAUACAGCAAACCUAAAGUGGACCAAGCUCACAAUCCAAGCCAGCUCAGAAUGGUUUACAAUGUUAGACGUCAUAGAGUUUAGAUCAAUUAAAUGUGAGUCCGGACUUUAGAUGAAAAUUUGUUUACAUUAAGAUGCAAUAUAGAUUUGAAAUUUAGAGUCAACUCAGGGAAGCAGCCUUGAUCAAAUUCCUCUCCUUGGAAACAUGUGACACAUUCAUGCUAGACAGUCCUGCCUAUGUGUAUCAAUAAACAAAAGGACAAAGCGUUAUAAAAUAUUAAGAAACAGAUGCUGUGAGACCUGAUUGUUACAUGCACUCUUUUCUUGUUUGUUUUAUAAUAUUUAGUGUUCUGUUGUCUUUUCGUAAUUUAUCAUUUCUUUUUUUUUUUUUUUGAGAAAAAGGAAAAACUGGUUUAUAUGCGAUAAUCUUGCUUGGGAAAGACUGAAGCGUGAUGAAGGGUUUUGGUGUGAGUUUAACUAAACAGCCGUUGACCACCUGAGACGCACACACACAC